UAUGAAAAAAAAUAAUGCUACUGGUGUGGAAAAAGCAAUAAAGAGAAGAAAAGGACAAGACCAUAUUUCAUAACUUGACUCUCUUUAUCAUCGUUACCCUUGAGAGUCGGGAGAAGUACCCCAGUCCUGUCUGUCGUCCGCCUCAUCUUUUCAAUCCUUUGUCUCUGCCUUUACUAACUCCUACUUACCUCCAACACAAAAACGACGAAGACACAAGAGUUGUGUCACAUACCCCUCCAGCUCACAUCCAUCUGGGGUGAAAAUGAAUCAAGAAAUGAGUGGGAUUGAGACGGAGACUAGUUGCCAAGAGGAUGUGCCGGAGAAAAUUGAUUAUGUGUUCAAGGUGGUGGUGAUCGGAGACUCCGCGGUGGGGAAGAGUCAGCUGCUGUCCAGGUUUGCUAAGAACGAGUUCUGCAUUGACUCCAAGUCCACCAUUGGUGUUGAGUUCCAGACCAGGACUGUUUCCAUUAAGGGCAAACUCAUCAAGGCCCAGAUCUGGGAUACUGCUGGCCAAGAAAGGUACCGGGCUGUGACAAGUGCGUACUACAGGGGAGCACUAGGGGCCAUGCUGGUGUACGACAUUACGAAGAGGCCCAGCUUCGAUCAUGUGGCGAGGUGGGUGGAGGAACUCCGGGCCCACGCAGAUAAUUCAAUCGUGAUCACGCUGAUUGGGAACAAAGCAGAUCUGAUGGACCUGAGGGCCGUGCCCACUGAAGAUGCUAUUGAGUUUGCAGAGAAUCAGGGCCUUUUUUUCUCAGAGACAUCAGCCCUCAGCGGUGACAACGUGGACAGUGCAUUUUUUAGGCUACUUGAAGAAAUUUACGGUGUGGUUUCUAAGAAGACUUUGGAACGUGGCAAUUUAGCCAAAUCCAACGGUGGUGAUGCCGCGGCCCUUAAAGGGUCCAAGAUUGAUAUUAUUUCGGGGGCUGACUUGGAAAUUAGUGAGAUGAAGAAAUUGUCUGCAUGCUCUUGUUAGACCCUUUUAUAUCAAGAAGAAAAUCAGGGCAUUAUUAAUCA